AUGACGAGCCGGUUAGAUCUGCUGAAGCGGCACCUGAAUUACUCGGACUUGCUGGUUAUCUUCAUUUACGUGCCGUCGAGAGCAUGCUGGUUGCUCACCUACGACUGGCGAGGAGGAGAUCUUUUGUGUCGAGUUGUGAAAAUGAUGCACACAGUGGCUUUCCAG